AUGCUUCUCAAGUCGACUUAUCUACUCGACGAAUCUGGCGUUUCAUUCAUAAUUACGCGUGACGAGGAAAGUGCUUUCAUCGCGCUUACGAUUGAAGGAACCGUACGAAAAUUCUCCACUUGUCCAUUUUCCGCUCACGAGGUGCAACACAGCACGCCUGGCGUCACAGUUGUCCGCACCAUGUGCGAACGUAUCGUUUCUGGCUCAUUAGACGGCUCUGUGACUGUUCUGAACAAGGACUGCAGGACUGAUCAUGUCUGCAAAGGUCACAAUUACCCAAUCACUGCCCUAAAUCUCUUCAAAAAUGGAAAAUCUUCAAGCGACAUCACUGCCAUGUCGGCGGAUCAGUCUGGUCAGGUCCGAAUUUGGACCUUGUUGUCAGGCCGUUGCCAAUUUGUGCUUGGCAAUUACUCUGGCAUGAUUUCAAAUGUCUGGCCUUGCAGAACAAAAGAAGAUCAAUCUCGCUGCGAAAUUCAGUAUCAGAGAGAACAACUUCAAAAUAAGGUCGACGGCUUUGACUCCCUCAAAGCUUUUCUUCAGCCAGACAGGAGACAGAAAAACACUAUUCUUCUCACAUGGUCGAACUCUAAAAAGCCUUCUCUUGCCGCCUCACGUUGA